ACCGACGUAGUCGGAAAACCCGCAGCCUGAUGUCAAAAUGGCAUUGCAUUGGCUGUCCCUUGUCCAUAGGGAGCCGUUGCUGACCGAUAACCAGGUGUUGUCAGUUUUGCGCUCGUCAGAAGCAGCUGUUUCGAUUUGAACUCUGAAGACAAGACAGACUGGGGAUAAACCACUAACCGACUGCUCAGAUGCUCGGAGUUGGACGACUGCCACUUAUUUAAACACCUCGAAGAGUAGAACUAGAGAGCACUCAACUCGAGGGAUUCCAGAGUAACAGAAAUAUGGAUUUGUUUGGGGUUCUGAAUUUGGACGAAGUGUCCCAUGGACUGGCUGGUCUCUCCAUGUUUCCAUACUUUGAGACGGCGCAUUACAUUGUCUCAGUGAUGGCACUGCGAGAACAGCCAGGAGCCCUGGAGGUGGCGCGGAGGAGCCCGUUUGCCUGCUGGUUCAGUUCCAUGCUCUACUGCUUCGGAGGGGGCAUUCUCUCCGGUUUCAUGAUGGCUGAGGCCCCCAUAGCCUUCCUGUCCAACAGCACCAGRGUUCUCAUGGCCUCUGUCAUAUGGUACCUGGUGUUCUACUGCCCCCGGGACGUGGUGUACUCCUGUACCGCCCUCUUCCCCCUGCGUCUGGUGCUGACGGGUAUGAAGGAGGUGACCCGCACAUGGAAGGUCCUGGGCGGUGUGGCUCAGGCACACAGCAAGUACAAGGAUGGACUGCUGGUGAUGAUCGCUAUAGGAUGGGCUAAAGGUGCUGGAGGGGGUCUGAUCAGUAACUUUGAGCAGCUGGUACGAGGAGUCUGGAAGCCAGAGACCAACGAGCUUCUCAAGAUGACCUACCCCACUAAGGUCACCUUGAUAGGAGCGGUGCUGUUUGCCCUGCAGCAGAACCAGUACCUUCCUGUCCAGAAACAGCACCUCAUGCUGAUCUACACUGUCUUCACCGUCGUCAACAAGACAAGGAUGAUGCUGACCGGCUCCUCUUCCUCACCCUUUGCUCCCAUCGAGUCUGUCGUAUACAGCACAUUCUUCGCUGGUCCGUCACCAUCCUCAUAUACCACCCUCACCACGGAGACCGAGACCCUUGUAGUGAAGAAGCCGUCCACAGCCACUAAGAAGAGCAUCAAAGAGGCCUGUGAGYGCCUGAACGGCACGGCCCCAGGCUCCCCGUCCAAGACUGCUGCACACAAGAGGGGAAAGGGCUCCCCGAAGAAGGCCAAAGAGCAACCGGAAAGCACUGGAACGGAGAGCAAUAAGAAGAGUGACUAGUGACUGUGUACUGUACUAUAUAGAAAUAUAGUCUAUAGAAUGGACAGCCACUUAGCACACUGGAAUUUGACUGGUAAAGGCAUGGGUACACUUAAUAUGGCUGCCAGUCCACCCAUUGUUAGUACAUUGACUUSAAUGGGGAUGUCGAUUCUAUCAAUUAUAUUUCUAUGCUGUAAUGCCCUCCUUAUCCUGGCUAGGGCAAUCUAUCCUCCUUGUCCUGUGACACCGUCAUCCUGUGAUAGGUCCCAAUUUGCUCACUACCCCCACCCCCUUGGUCCUAACACUUUGUGUGUAGAUCUGUAAGGUGUAAGCAAUAUGGUGAAAGCUUCACCACUACUUAUAUAUACUUAUCCAGAUCCUUCAGAUCUUCAAACAUCAAUUAUGGCUAGGGUUGGAAAAUUCCUGCAACUUUCAAUAAAUUCCCUGGUUUUCCCGAAAUCCCAGUUGGAGGAUUCCUGGAAUCAGGGAAUAAGCAGGAAAUCUGGACUCCUCCAACCAGGACUUCUGAAAAGCCAGGGAAAUUAUUGAAUUUUUGCAACCCUAGUUAUGGCCAAGCAGGAGGAAAUUGGGGACRGGCUGAAUGAGUGCAAAUAUAAUCUAUGCUGAUUUUAAUAUUUAUACAGUAAAUGUAUCUAUAUUUUACUAUUUUAUAUUAAAGUUUGAAUAAUCCUUUUCUAAUUAUGCAUUGAUUAAUACAGUUUUUACUAAGGGAUAAAUACUGUCCAUGAUGCUGA